AUGGAGGUAGGAACUCUUCGUCAAAUAGUGGCAGACCAAGAACUUACUCUAGCGAAGCACGAAGGUACAAUUUCGGAACUGAGAGAGCAACUAUCUCUUCAGCGUUCAAAUACUACAGUUAUCUCUGAAGUGAAGGAAUAUUUGCAGCAACAACAACACGAAGUUAAAAAAUUAUUCGAAACAAAGUUUCUAGAACAAACCCCAAAUUCCUACGCCGUUGCUGCCGCCAAAAACAUUUCUUUGAAACAGACUCCAAAACGUCAAUUCAGAGAUCAUAUUCUACUCCUGAAACCUAAAGAUUCAGAGAGAACACCUGAAGAUAUCAGACCCCAACUAAGUUCGACACUUAAUCCACAAAAACUGGAUAUUCAUAUCAAUAAUAUUCGUACUACUAAGUCUAAUGAGCUUUUAAUCGGUGUCGAAAAGAAAGCAGACUUAGAACACUUACACCGCUCAAUCGUUGAAAAUUCACAAUUACAAGCCUCCGUAACUGUUCGUACUUCAAAACCCAAAAGUACCAAACUCAUAGUGUUUAAUGUACCAUCUUCAGUAGUUACUGAAGAUAUCAAAUCGGCUUUUCUGAAAAUUACAUCAAAUAAGAAUCUUGAUAUUUCGUGUUCUCCAGUUCACCGAUCUGAAAAUACAAAUAAUUGGAUUGUAGAAAUUUCUUCAGAUUCUAGUGACUGUUUUACUUCAUCAAGAGUCUUCAUUGGAUUCAACUCGUGUUCCUUCCGUCCCUACAUUUCACUUCCCCGUUGCGUUCAUUGCCAGGGUCUUGGACAUAAUAGUCGAAGCUGUCAAAAUCCUCCCUGCUGUUCCAUCUGCGCAAAACAACAUUCCUAUAGAGAGUGUACUUAA